CGUUUGAGAAGCUAGGUUAAGUUACUAAAAUUUCAAAAUUUGAAAUUGUGAUUUUUGAAUGUUAUUGAAUAUGCUGGGAGGAAAAUUCAGAAAAUCUGCUUCAAUAGUAAUGAUGAAUUCAAAUUUCGUUUCAAGGAUAUGUUACCGCGAAACAGUUGAAGUAUUGAGUAAAGUAGAAAAAAUAAGUGGAAUAUUAUUCAAUAAACAUCAGGAAAUUAUUCAUUCCCUAGAUAGAAAUAUUUCUCAUAUUAAACACCUUCCUGCCUCAGUGAAAAGUGACGUUAAUAAUAUUAAUAAAAAUUCUCCCAGUUUUUCAAAACCAAGAUUGGACUUCUCAUAUGGUAGUAAUUUAUUCAACUCCAAUGUACAUUUGCUUUCUGUUAACCAUUUGAGCUCUAUUUCUGCUUCCAACAAUUAUUGCACACAAACAUCAAGGAGAAAAGUGAAAAAAAUAAAGGAAUCAUUAAAUCCAUUGGAUGAACAGGAUCAACUCUCUGAUAGAAUUAGGAGUUCUAGUAGUAUAGAGGAGGUGACUAAUUUAUUUCCUAGUCCAAAACACACCUUGAGUAAUAUAUAUCAAAUUGUCAAAAAUGAAAAAGGCUCCAGUGGUGUUCUUUUAUGUGUGCCUACCUUCAGGUCAGUGAAACAAAAAUGGACUUGUACAUAUGAGUUGAAAUGGCCACAAGAAAAAAGCAUCUCAUACACAGAUAGUUCCAAAAAACAAGCCUCAACAAAAUGUGCAUGGAUGGUCUUACAGUAUUUAUUAGAUAAUAAAUACAUUGAUAAAAAGGGAACUCCCAAAUUAUAUGAUAAGGAAGAUAUCAAAGCAUUAGUUAAAGAGAAUAUACCUGUCUUGAACCUUAAUCAUAAUCAUAUGGAUCAAUUAGAGCAAAUUACAAAUCUUUAUAAACAUCAAAUAUUACCCAUUAUUGAAAAUUGUAAGGAUGCUUCCAAAUCUGAAAAUCUAUUUGAAUCUCAGUACGAGAGACAGAGGAAAGCCUAUGAACCAGUGUUUUUGGGAUACAAUAAAUACAUAUGCAGAGAGGACCCUUAUUUACCAAUUUCAGAUUACAAGGAGGAAAUUAUUCAAAAGAUAAAACAAAAUAGGGUGGUGAUAGUUAAAGGAGAAACAGGAUGUGGAAAGAGCACAAGAUUACCCCAAUAUAUACUAGAAGGAUGGGCCAGGGAGGCUGAAGACACUGGUAAUCCCUGCAAUAUAAUUGUAACUGAACCUAGAAGAAUAGCAGCCAUUUCAUUGGCUGACCGUGUAGCAUCAGAAAGAAGUGAAAAAGUUGGAAAAGUAGUGGGUUAUAGAGUUCGUUUCAAGUCAGAAUUUCAAAAUCAUACAGGAAGAAUUAUGUACUGUACGAACGGAGUACUUCUGCAAUAUUUCAAAUCUGAUCCCAAUCUCUCAAAUUACACCCAUAUUGUAAUAGAUGAAGCUCAUGAACGUGAUAUUAAUACAGAUUUACUAUUAAAUAUGCUGAGAGACGUUUUGGAUGAGAAUCCUGCCCUGAAGGUUAUCGUAAUGAGUGCUACUAUUAACACAGAACUCUUUCAAAAUUACUUUAAGGAUUCUAGCCUAAUACAUAUACCAGGUUUCACAUACCCUGUAGAGUCCCAUUUCCUGGAUACCCUUGAGUUGAACUUGGAAAAAACAAAGAAAAUGUGUAAAGAAUCUGAGCCCACAGUUAUUCAUGAAGAUGUUGUUAAAGUGUUGAUGCAUCUGCAUAACGAGAAGCCAGAAGGUGCUGUAUUAUGUUUCUUACCUGGUUGGGAAGAUAUAAAAAAAAUAAGGGAAUUGAUCCCUAACAGGCAGGACCUCAUGGUCCUAUGUUUGCAUUCUAGGUUGCAGGACUCAGAACAAUGGCGCAUAUUCAAUAAGGCUCCUCCGGGAGUGAGAAAAAUUAUCUUGGCUACCAAUAUAGCAGAAACAUCUGUUACAAUUGAUGAUAUUUGUUAUGUUGUUGAUACUGGAAUUCACAAAGAAACAAGAUAUGAUAUCGAUAAAGGAUCUGCGUGCAUAGAUAAUCAUUGGAUAUCAAAAUCAAACGUAGAACAACGUAAAGGCAGAGCUGGAAGGGUGCAGGCAGGUGAAUGCUUUCAUCUAUACCCCCAAAGUAAACUGAAAACUCUUCCUCAAUUUCCUUUACCAGAAAUUUUAAGAGUUUCAUUAACAAAAAUAGUCCUGGACUCAAAAGCUAUCAAAUCAGAUAAGAAGGCUUUAGAUUUCUUCAACAAUCUACCUUCCCCUCCUGACGAAGAUACUGUGAAACAAGCUGUUGAUGAACUGAUGGAUCUUGAAUUGUUCGAUGCCAAUGAAAAUUUGACUCCUCUCGGGCACGUUCUUCAUAACUUCCAGUUGGAACCGAAACUUGCGAAAGCGCUCAUAAAUUCGGUGAUAUUCAAAUGUGUAUCUCCAGUCGUGGAUAUCAUCACGUUGUUUUCGGCGGGAACAGAAAUGUUCACGUCUGGUUUGGAAAGAAAAUCAGAUAUCAGAGAUCUGAAAGCAGUCUACUCACAAUCCAGCGAUCAUGUCUCCUUGAUGAAGAUAUUCGAGAUCUGGAAUCGAUUCAUGGAGGAUGGUAACCAGAGAAAGGCAGAGAAUUUCGUUAGGGAUUUAGGCCUUGUGCCAUCCAAGAUGCAUUUUCUCAAAGCCUUAAAGGAAAUUCACUAUAAUUACAUCUGUGAUGGACUGAAACGAAAUGUGUUACCAAUUUCCGAUGAUUUUUCGGAUGAAGAUGAAAUGGUGAAGGCAGUGCUCAUGAGCAGUAUAGGAACUUUUCUGACACAUAAAAACUGGGAUAUUGUUAAAGGUCGAGUAAAGAAAAGCAAUGUUUUCCUUACCAGAAUGAAUCAGAAAGCAACUGUUACUCCAGAUAGUGUAAAUUUCAAGAGAAUCCCAAGGAAUUCCCAAUUUCUUCUGUACAUAAAUGAAACGAGGUCAAAUGUGAGGAGAAUUACACUUAUUAGAGAGACUACUCUGAUUCCUGCAGUCAUGGUGUUGUUAUUUUCAAACAAAGAACUCAAAAUGCAAGAUAUUGAUCCCAAACAAUUUUCCACUAAUUUGAAUUCUGAUGAUCAGGUUAAAAUUGAAUUAGGUGAUUCCAAAAUAAGCUUUGUGCUGGACAGAGAACAAGCUCUGAAAAUCUUGGAAUGCCGAUUAGCCUUAUCUGCCUGUUAUGACCAUUACAUAUUUCAAUUAACAGAAGGUGGAGAGCAGGAUCGAGAAUUAGAUGGCUUAUGGAACAACCUCCUAGAAAUACUCAGUGAAUUCUUGAGUGAUUUCAAGAACAAAUAGAUCUCAUUCCCUGCAAGUAUUUUGAUAAUAGUUAUUUUAUCUUAUUGGCAGCAGAGGAAUGAAUGUUUAUUUCAAAUGAAAUAGAGCUUCGAUUAUCAAAAUUUGAUAUGAGCAUUCAGGGAAUAAAGAUGAUUAUAAACAUACUUACGAUGGACUGAGGCUGUGCACUUGUAAAAUUAUAUAAGUAUUUCCUUAUUUUUGUGAACAGAAUACCAUAUAGUUGUCUUUUUCAUAGCAUCUUUGGUUCAGAUUAUCGAUGCUUUAGUUUGAGUUCCCUUUAAAGCUAAUCUGUUAUAUACACGAAUAAAGAUGUUGUUUUCUGUUCUCAA